ACUUUGUAUUGUCCGGUUCCAUCUCAACCUAAACGAGGGAGACCUUCCUCGAUCGACGUGACACCGAGACCAGGUUAAUCUUUAAUUGUCUCUCACUAUCGGAAGUUUCUUGGUGCAUCCGCCGUCGCAAUGGCGCCCGCCGCCCCCCAACUCCCCACUCGGUUUCCAUGCUGGUGUCGAGCCAUAUACUCGUGGGGAGGAGAGACGAAACGGGACUUAGGGUUUGUGGAGGGCGAUCUGAUUGAGUGCUUGAAUGCAGGAGAUGGACAAUGGUGGAUGGGUCGAUUACGGCGCGACAGGCGCAUGAUGGGGCUGUUCCCGUCCAACUUCGUGGAGGUCCUCGGCGAGGACUUCGUGCCUGUCACCAGAUCGACAAGUCCCAUGAUCUCCGCCACGGUGUCUCCGAUCACGAACCCCACGUCGGCGCCAAAGAAGCAGAAGACAGUCUUUCGCAAACCAUUCCAAGCCCAUAAAGAAGCUCUUGCGCCUACCGGCGAGCUGUCUCGAGGCGGCAUGUCGUCGUCCCCGGUGAUGGCAAGCUCGAUCCCACAGACACCGCCCCGAGAUGGCAGUCUGUCUCGAAAGGUCAAACCAUUGCGAACACCGACCACGGCAGUGAAACAUCAGAGCUCUGUAUCCAGGCCGCCCUCGCGAUCGCGGCCUCCUUCACGCGCAGCUUCGCCCCGUCCUCCAGCUGAACCGGAUCCGCUUCUCUCAUCCAGCGCCCCCGCUCCAUAUAACUUCCGCAUGAGACCGCCAUCUCGAGCAGUAUCACCUUACCCGUCCGAUAGCCCCCGCAACAGACCCCAUCAUCGUGCGGUAUCCCCGUAUCCGUCCGAUAAUCCCGAGCUGCAUAUGCCAUUGGUCCCUCCGGUGCGAACGACCAUGCAUCCCACCCCCCCAUCUCAUGCCGCGUCCCCACAUAUGCCUGCCGAUUACGACUUCCUGCCCUCCUCAUAUCCGGAUAGACACAGUAUAUCGAUACCUGGGCGCUCCUCACGAGAGAUCUCACCCUUACAGCUUCAAGACCGUGAGGAAUCUCCGCCCCCGCCGCCCCCGCCGCAUCGUGUGGCGGUAUACCGUCAGCCAUCUCCGGGGCCACUGGUCCCCUCGCGGCUGGAUAUGAACGACCGCUAUGCCACCAUGCCCAGGACACCAUCUCCUGCUGCUCACUCGGAAGGCCACGGUCAUACGCCCUCUCCACUACGGGAUGCAAUGGAGGACGUGAUGACUUCCCUGGAGGAUAUGGGCCUGUCUCGAAGCACGCAUUCACCGUCGCCACAGCCACAGCAAAUGUUCAACAACCCCUGGUCGCCGGAUGCUUAUGAAGAAUUGGGAUCCAGUCGACCGCUGCGGACAUCCAACCGACCCGUGACAUCCAUGGGCUUUGACGGAUACAAGGAAUACCCACAACACAGUAGCCAAAAACAUCGGAACAGUGUUUGGACCCAUGACCCCUACCUUGAAGGCCCACCGCAAUUGAACAACUACGUACAAAGAAUGGAGAGCCGUCUUCGUCAGAUGCAGGAACAAAAUCGACAGGACUCGGAGGAAAUCCAGCCGGAGGAAGAUGAAGAGCCCCCGCCGCCGCCUCCAAGAGGCGUUCCGUACCAUGGCCGGCAUAAUUCAAUUCCAGCCCAGUACCCGUAUCUACGAGGACGCCGGUCGGGACAGGAUCUCCGUGAGGACUUGCUCAAUCGCAGUUAUACCAACAAGUCCAGCACCACAACUUCCUCGAGUGGUGUGCAAAGCAUUAGCACGAAUAUCACGGCUAGCACUGAACGAACCAACUUCAGCGUCAUGAGCGGGCCAUCCGCGGGUGGAUUCAGCGCAACAAGUGCGGGAAGCUACGCUAGGAGGAUGACGCCAGCCGAACGACCAAAUACGGCUACGGAUACUUUCCGCUCCAGGGGAUUCAGCGAUGUGUCUCGAGUGUCUAGGCCUGAAACGCCACUCACAGGGAUAUCGUAUCAUUCGAGCCACAAUACCUCUCGGCAGGGUGCGUCGUCCGCCAUUCCGUGGUCGGCCGCUCAAGCUGCACCGGAAGAGACCGCGGGGGUGUUUGGGGGUUUGUCUACCCCCAAAGCCAAGAAGCCUGGGUUCUUUAAGAAGAUCUUCGAGUCGGCCAAGACGGGUGCAGCUAAUGCUAGGAGCAGUAUCGCGGUCGGCCAGGGUCCUGGUACGUUCUCUCCCAAUAAAGGACGGGGAAUCUCGCCGAUUCGCGCCUUGCAGUCCAGCCGAGACUCUGUUCGAGAUACCGGUAGCGCCUCGGCCAUAGACUGGGUCCAGGUACGACGCGAUGUCAAUCGUGCCAGCUCCCCCAGUCACAAUGAACGAAUCGAGAGAGCGGAGCGGUGCCAAAUGAUGGAUCAUCCUGUUAUCUACGCGGUGGAGGAACUCAAUGAGACAGCCGAAGGGGACGAGAGCAUCGACGGGUUGCCGAUCAGCGAACCGAACAAUUUUGGAUCCUUUAACCUGAGUCUGGUCGACAAGAGCGCUCGCUUCGUCAAUAGUCUUCCUCCCAUGGCUAACCCAGCCAGCUUAGCCCAUGGAUAUGUGUGUCGACCGUACAAGAGUGAUAUCCAGCGACUGCGGGCUAUUUUCACCUGGGUCAGCGAGAAAAUUGCCUGGGAUGAGCCGGUUGAAGAGAUCGGGAUCGAUCUGAAACGCGUGCUCCAGACAAAACGAGGAAGCCCUCAGGAGGUCGCGUUCUUGGUCAAAGAGAUGUGCGCCGCCGUCGGUCUCCAUGCUGAGGUUAUUCGAGGCUUUCUGAAAACUCCCGGGGAAUUGCAUGAAUAUGACGGCCUUGCACGCGCGAACCAUUGGUGGAACUCAGUACUCGUGGAUGGCGAAUGGCGCAUCAUGGAUUGUUCUCUAGCCAGUCCUACCAAUCCGCAACGGAACCAAUUUGUCACCAAUAACACAUCUGUGGCGGAGAGUUGGUACUUCCUAGCGCGUCCACUCGAGAUCUGCUACACCCACAUUCCUCUCUCACCCCACGAGCAGCACAUCUGCCCGCCCAUCUCGCCGGAUGUGCUGAUGGCUCUCCCGGCGGCAUGCCCGCCGUACUUCAAGUUAAACAUGCAGUUCCCCGACUAUGAUACCAGCGUGGUUCGAAUUGAGGGACUCGAGGUCAUGCAGAUCCGUCUUCUCGUUCCUGCAGACGUCGAAUGUGCAGCCGAAGUCGAGGCUCCAGGCUUUGCCUGCGAUGCCGACGGCGACUGCUUCGAGAGCGGGGAGACAGUGAAGAAGCGGGCUCUGGUGCAGCCUGACUGGAUCAAUGGACAGAAACGGAUCACCGUCAAGGCUGUCUUACCCGGGGAUGAAGGACAGGGCAUGGUUAAGAUUUAUGCGGGCAAGAAGGGCCUCAUGCACUCCAGUCGAGACAUCCCUCAUCCGCUGGCUCUUGCCCUUCCUCUCAUCCACACUGGAGACAAUCCGCCCUAUGAUUUUGUGCUCCGCCACCCGACUCCUCACGCCCAACGGCACGACCUGUACAUCAUUCAGCCCCAGUGCGCCAAACUGGCCGUCAGCAAUACCUUCGUGUUCGCAGUCCGCCAGCAUCCCGCUUCGGCCCCCUACCACCCGGGAGGCAGCGAUCUCGGGCCGAGUGGUCGUGUGUCGCCGUCGGUCUACUCCCGACCGGCCAGUGCCUUGAGCAUGGUUUCCAGCUCCGCCGGGGGGUCGUCCGUCUCCGCCGUCUCCAACGAGUUCUCGGCCUCCACGUCGGCCAUCUCGUCCGGACGCUCGUUGUCCGGCCGCGAGAAGCCCGCCAAGCUGGCCAUCCAGUCUCCCUCGGGCAAGAUUCUACGGUUAACACGCAAGGCUGACCACAUGAUCAGCUCCAACAGCCUGGCAGACUCGGCCACGGAUGCCACGGCCGACGGUAGCGUGUGGGAGACGGUGAUCAAGAUCGGAGAGCGAGGUAUCUGGCGAGGCUUAGUCCUCGCCGACCGUGUCGCGCGCUGGUGUGUAUUUUGCGAGUGGGAAUGCUACUGAGCAGUAGCGCCGGAUACUUCCCUGUGCGCAACCGCUUGUAUGCCUACCUAUGCUCACUCGCUUUCCUGAUUCACAUUGCUCCAUACCAUCCAUGAGCGGACGAAGAUCCCUCCCAACCAAGCGAAACAAAACAACCCGCAUAAACUUUUUCUUCAUCUAUCUCCUUACCGUGAUGGUUAGUUACAUUUGAA